AUGAAAAAAUCUGCUGAUACAGUAUCGGCAGAAGUAACUUCAAAUCUUGUUAAUAAUAAAAUAUACUUUAAUGGUGGAUGGAAUGGCAGUUCAUCAUCCGACUUUUUUUCCCUUGAUGUCUCAGUAUCUUUUACAACCAAUGAUAUAGCAUUGAUGCCUUGGACAGAUCUUUCAUUUAUUCCAGGUCUAAUAAUCAGAAGUGGGCAUGCAGCAUGUAUGCAUGGAACAAAUAACAAUUUGAUUGUUUAUAUUGGUGGGGCCAUGAAAGAAACUGAUUCAAAUUUUACCUCUGUAUUUGACAUUACUACACAAAAAUGGAGUAUACCAAUAACGUCCGGGAAUCUUACUUCUAUAGUACGAGCUUAUAUUCAUUGUGUUUCUUCAGGAAAUGGAAUAUAUGUCUAUGGUGGAGGUGAUAGUGUAUUUAGUAUGGUGAAAUUAGAUGUAUCAAAUUUUGUUUGGUCAACAUUACCUGGGAUAAUGGCACCUCUUGCGUCUGAAGGUUAUAGUGCUACACUCCUAAACGAUACAUCCAUAUUAUAUAUCGGAGGCGGUCAACAUUUAAGAACGGCAAAUCCAGAAUUUUCAUAUCUUUCAAUGGACAAGUUAUCAUUAUAUAAUAUGAAUGAUAAUACUUGGAGCUUAGUCUUAACUUCGGGGAGCAUUCCAUCACCUCGAAUUGACCACGGAGCAGUCUUUAUACCUCAAUAUAACCAAAUUUUAAUAUUUUAUGGAUCUAAUGAUAAUUCAAUUAUGGCACUUGACACGUUAAAAUUUGUGUGGUCAGUUGCUGCUAUUUCAAAUAUCGGUGGUUCUUCAUCUAGCCUGUAUAGUUUUUCUUCAACUCUAGUUGGAGCUUAUGUCCUUAUUGCAUUUGGAAGAUAUAAUGAUUCCGUGCAUCCUGCCACAAAUAACAUUUUUCUUCUUGACGUAAGUCAAAAAGACAAUUAUAAAUGGGUUACUGCAUACGAUCCUACCAAAAGGCUCCAACCUAUUCAGCCUAUUCCUACUACUUCAACUUCUACUAAUUCAUCUAGCAAUAUUGCCUUAAUUAUUGGUGGCAUAUUUGGUGGAUUAGCAGGACUUAUAAUAUUAAUAACAAUUGCUGUGCUUAUUGUCAAAAGAUAUGGGCAUCCUUCUCAAUUAUAUGAACAAGAAAUAUCAAAAUUAAAACAAUAA